ACGCAAUUGCUAAAUCGGAAGGAGGAAGCCAUUUUGUAAACUGUAGACAGUUUUCAGGCUGAGAAGGAUCAGCUGUACCUUUAUUAUCAGGUUUUGGGAAUCCAGAAGCGAAUACUAACCACAGACAGGGUCAGACUGAAAUGUCCACAAUGAAUCCCGAAUAUGACUACCUGUUUAAAUUACUCUUGAUUGGUGACUCUGGUGUUGGAAAGUCCUGUUUGCUUCUCAGAUUUGCUGAUGACACAUAUACAGAAAGUUAUAUAAGCACAAUCGGUGUUGAUUUUAAAAUCAGAACAAUAGAAUUAGACGGCAAAACGAUAAAGCUUCAAAUAUGGGAUACAGCCGGUCAAGAAAGGUUUCGAACUAUAACCUCCAGUUACUACAGGGGAGCUCAUGGUAUUAUAGUAGUCUAUGAUGUAACAGAUCAGGAAUCUUUCAAUAAUGUCAAACAAUGGCUACAAGAAAUAGACCGUUAUGCCAGUGAGAAUGUAAACAAACUGCUUGUGGGGAACAAAUGUGAUUUGACAACCAAAAAAGUGGUGGAUUAUACCACAGCAAAGGAAUUUGCUGAUCAAUUAGGAAUACCAUUCCUGGAGACAAGUGCGAAAAAUGCCACAAAUGUGGAACAGGCAUUCAUGACGAUGGCAGCGGAGAUAAAGAACCGAAUGGGACCAGUGACAGCCGCCUCGGACAAUAAACCUAAUGUGAAAAUAAACGCCAGCACUCCAGUGAAACAGUCCGGUGGCGGCUGUUGUUAAGAGUAGAGCUCAGACCACUAACUGUGCUUCAAGAAAUGCCCAAGGCUCUACUUGGGAUUGUAAAUUUAUACAUAAAUGUACAUGGUGAAAUGGAUAUGCAUAUAUGGCACACUUUCAUUGUAUUUGUAAUUAAAAUGAAACGGAAAGACUGGCUGGUUCAUCAUCUGCCAGGUUUCUGCCUGGAGUGACCUCAACUCCAUGACCAGAUAUGACCACUGUCUUUAACCCAUCUCAAAAUUGACACAAAUUCUGACUGGACAUGUGGGAAAGUGUAUAUCCUUUUAUUAUUUUUAGCGGUAUAUGUUGCACAUGUGAGCACUGAAGUGAGACAGCUGCACAAGGUGUGUGUGAACUGGUCGUAUUUGGUGGCAUUCCCGGCAGGUGGGUGUAGAACUGGUCUGGUCUGUUGGUGUGCCUCUCAUCUGUUCAAAAUGCAGUGAUCGUUGUCCUUCCCAGCCCUGAGAUAGCCGGCUAACUUAUUUCAUCACAGUUCCAUCUACUGUAUUAUAUAUUAGUACAAUACAUAUAUAUAUAUAUAU